AGAUGGAACUUGGCCAACACUCUAGGCCUUUUAUAAGUCUGAAGGGACGGCUUAAACCUUUCCAGUUCUCGCUCGUCGCCUGUAAACCCUAAACCCUUGCGUCUGCUACUGGGGCCUGAAUCCCCACCGUCACGACCGCCACGCUCCUCACCUCUCACUGCGAGAAGGAGUAUGAAUUUCAAGAACGUUAACGUUAAGGUUCCGAAAGUUCCCGGUGGUGGUGCAAUUUCUGCUUUGCUAAUUGGUGGGCUUGGUUUGUACGGAGCUACCAACAGUCUGUACAAUGUGGAGGGAGGGCAUCGAGCCAUUGUGUUCAACCGUAUAGUCGGUGUCAAAGACAAGGUUUAUCCGGAGGGGACACAUCUUAUCAUUCCAUGGUUUGAGAGACCAAUCAUUUAUGAUGUCCGUGCACGACCUCAUCUAGUGGAGAGUACUUCUGGGAGCCGUGAUCUCCAAAUGGUGAAAAUUGGGCUUCGAGUGCUUACUCGACCUUUACCAGACCAGCUGCCUACAGUUUAUCGGACUCUUGGUGAGAAUUACAAUGAGAGAGUCCUUCCUUCUAUUGUUCAUGAAACUUUGAAAGCUGUUGUUGCACAGUAUAAUGCUAGUCAACUCAUUACUCAGAGAGAGACUGUUAGUAGGGAAAUACGGAAGAUUUUGACAGAAAGAGCUGCCAACUUCAACAUUGCGCUGGAUGAUGUGUCAAUUACCACCCUCACUUUUGGGAAGGAGUUCACGGCUGCAAUUGAGGCCAAACAAGUGGCUGCACAGGAAGCUGAGAGAGCUAAGUUUGUUGUGGACAAGGCUGAACAAGACAAGAAGAGUGCUAUCAUCAGAGCAGAGGGAGAGGCCACUAGUGCCAAGCUGAUUGGUGAAGCUAUUGCGAACAAUCCGGCAUUUAUAACACUGAGGAAGAUUGAAGCUGCCAGAGAGAUUGCACAUACAAUCUCAAAUUCAGCAAACAAAGUUUUCUUGAACUCGGAUGAUCUGUUGCUGAACCUUCAGGAGAUGAACUUGGAUAUCAACAAGAAGAAAUAGACAAUGCAGGUUGGACUUGUAAUAAUUUCGUUUCAGAUUGUACAAUUGUGGAAAUAUUUCCUUGGAAGAGUUGAGCAAUGGACCUUAGAGUUUACUCAAGUCUUUUGAUGCACCGUUAGUUGGCAUGGCAACUGCUGUUCGCGGAGAUAAAUUCUGAACACUUAAAUGAAACUUUUCUGAUGCGAUUACUUUUAGGUGUUUCGCAUGUUAUCCA